CAACAAAGACGUGCUUGACCAUAAGGCAGGUGGGAAGGGUUCGAGAGAGUCCGCCUCGCCCUUCCUCCCUCUCUCUCUCUCUCUCUCUCUCUCUCUCUCUCUGGCUCAGAUCCUUAGACACCUUAUUGGCUAAAGCAGCAAGGAUGGAGGGAGGGGGAGCGGCGGCGGCGGUUGAGCAAGCUCCGGUGCUGCCGCGGCGGGAGAGUCGGCGGCUGCCGGACUUCUUGCAGAGCGUGAACAUCAAGUACGUGAAGCUGGGCUACCACUACCUCAUCACCCACCUGCUGGCCCUGCUGCUAAUCCCGCUGAUGGUGGUGAUCCUCUUGGAGGCCGCGCAGACCGAACCCGACGACCUCCGGCAGUUGUGGCUCCACCUCCAGUACAACCUCGUCAGCGUCUUGGUCUGCUCCGCCUUUCUCGUUUUUGGCGCCACCGUUUACAUCAUGACCCGGCCCCGCCCCGUGUACCUCGUUGACUACGCCUGCUACCGCCCGCCGCCGAAGCUCCAGGUUCCCUUCCGACGCUUCAUGAAGCACUCGCAGCUCUCCGGCGAGUUCAACGAGUCCUCUCUCGAGUUCCAGCGCCGGAUCCUCGAGCGCUCGGGUCUCGGCCAGGAGACCUGCCUGCCCUCCGCCCUGCACUACAUCCCGCCCCGUCCCUCCAUGGCCUACGCCCGCGAGGAAGCCGAGGAUGUCAUGUUCGGCGCCCUCGAUACCCUCUUCAGGAACACCGGCGUCAAGCCCAAGGACGUCGGGAUCCUCGUCGUCAACUGCAGUCUCUUCAACCCCACCCCGUCUCUUUCCGCCAUGAUCGUCAACCGCUACAAGCUCCGCGGCAACAUCAAGAGCUUCAACCUCGGUGGCAUGGGUUGCAGUGCCGGCGUCAUCUCCAUUGACCUCGCGCGGGAUCUCCUCCAGGUCCACCGCUCCACCUACGCCGUCGUGGUCAGCACCGAGAACAUCACCCAGAAUUGGUACUUCGGCAACCGCAAGUCCAUGCUCAUCCCCAAUUGCCUGUUCCGCGUUGGCGCCGCUGCCGUGUUGCUCUCCAACCGCACGGUGGAUCGCCGGCGUGCCAGGUACAAGCUUGUCCAUGUCGUCCGCACGCACCGUGGUGCCGACGACAAGGCCUUCCGUUGCGUGUACCAGGAGCAGGACGAGGCUGGCAAGGUCGGCGUGUCCCUCUCCAAGGAGCUCAUGGCCAUCGCUGGGGAAGCGCUCAAGAUCAACAUCACUACCCUUGGCCCCCUCGUCCUUCCAAUUAGCGAGCAACUCCUCUUCUUCGCGACCCUCGUGGCCAAGAAGCUCUUCAAUGGCAAGGUGAAGCCCUAUAUCCCGGACUUCAAGCUUGCCUUUGACCACUUCUGCAUUCAUGCCGGCGGAAGGGCCGUAAUCGAUGAGCUAGAGAAGAAUCUGCAGCUCCGGCCUGAGCAUGUGGAGGCUUCCCGGAUGACCCUUCACAGGUUUGGCAACACCUCCUCCAGCUCCAUCUGGUAUGAGCUCGCUUACACUGAGGCAAAGGGGCGGAUGCGGAAGGGCCACCGUGUUUGGCAGAUUGCCUUCGGGAGUGGGUUCAAGUGUAAUAGUGCUGUGUGGCAGGCGCUUCGUAGUGUCAAGCCCUCUCCAGAUGGUCCAUGGGAGGACUGCAUCCAUAGGUACCCUGUAGAGAUUGUCGAUGGAUUUCCUCAGCCACCACAGGAGCAAUAGUGGCUUCCUCAGAAACUUGGCAAAAUGAUAGUAUUAUCUGGUUAGGCAAUUCCCUUUGUGAGAUCGUUAGGCCAUUCUUCACAAAGAUGUCAUCUGCCUAUUGUUUCCUCUGUGAUCUGAUCAUGGACGUCAUGAGGUCAGCUGUCUUUGUAAUGUCUUUAGUGUCUAGCUGCAUCAGAUGGAAGAAUUGCUGUUUGACAGCAAUGUGCAUUCAAAGGAAAAAAUUCUGUGGAUUUUCAAGCUGGUCAUCCUCUCAAAAUGUUCUGUGGUUGAUAUUUCUGUUGGCUUGAUUUCAGGUUCUGAUUGUCCGACAUUGAUGCAAAUUUGGAGCCAACCGAAGUCCUACUCUAUAUAUGUCUCUGAGUGAUGUGGCGUUGAACGAAGAGAAAUCUGAGUCGAGACCCUACGAUAUUAUGUCGGCGGAAUACCCAACUAAGUCCUCGUAUUGAAGUUCCUUCGGAUUCGAAGGAUUCAACCAAGUGUGAGAUUGUCUGAGAGUAAAUGUAUUUGAAAAAUUCUAGUAUCGGAGAACGUACUCGAAUGAUCUUUUUAAAGUGUGAUUUAGCACUGUUGUAUUUGAGGUCAUGGUUAAAUGUUUGAAGCGUUUACUCUUUAACUCAAACAUGGGGUAAUUGCCGGUUGGGUCAACUUUUUUGUGUAGAGCUAAACUGGUUAUUAUGUCAUACGAAAAAUGACGAUGAGGCAUUGGUCA